UGUCCAGUCAAAAAUCAAAUGAAUAAAAGCAUGUUAACGUAUACAUUUUUUGCGAGUCUAUGUUCGUUAAAGUUUCAACACUUGUUUACGUCUUUUAUCGCUUAUGUAUCUGACUGCUAUUCAAUAUCAACAAGCAAUAGAAUAGUUUAAUUUCAGUUAUUAUUUAAUAAAUUAUAAAUUAAUUGAAAACAAUUUCUACUUAAAAUUAGUAUAUAUUAUCAAUAUUUAUUUUAAAUAUAAAUGAUAGAAAAAGAAUAUUUAUGUUUAUUUUGGGUGUGAAUGUACGUGUUGGUCUUGUCUUCAGCUACAAUCACACACCCACAGCCACAGCCAGACGCCACACUCACACGCACCCACACCCCACCCAAAGUUAAAGUAGUUGGGCGAUGUUUAAAAGAAGGUAAUGAAAAUGAACAAAAAUACAAACACUUAGAAUUUUAUUUUAUAUGAAAUUUAUUGAUUUAGGUUAUAUUCAUCAAACUAAUGAUUCUAUUGUUGUUACACGUGAUGCUGGUUAUGGUGGUUUAUCGUUAACAAUUGUAGAACCAUCAAAAGCUGAUAUUGAAUGUCAUGAUAAUGAAGAUGCCUCAUGUCUUGUUACAUAUAGAGCAACUAAACCUGGUAUUUAUAUUGUUAAUGUCAAAUUUGCUGAUAAACAUGUACCUGGUAGUCCAUUUACCAUUAAUGUUGGUGAUUCAGUUAAAGCUGGUUCAAGUCGAGUUUUUGCUUCAGGUGAACUAUGUGAAUUAUUAAUUGAUACACAAAAUGCUGGUCCUGGCACAUUAGCUGUUACAGUUGAUGGACCAUCAAAAGUUGAACUUGAUUGUAGAGAAGUAUCCGAAGGUAUAGAUCCAUUAGUUAUAUUUAUCAGUUAA